UUAAAAAAAGACAUGUAAUGUAAUCAACCAGACUUAUUUCUACCUCUCAUAUUCCGCCGGUGGACCGGCUUCAGCACCAUGGACAGAGAGCUGCACGAUGAUUGGCUCAAAAAAACCCACAACGUCAAGGAUUAGGGUAAUCUGCCUAGUAAUCUGCAUUGCCGCGCGAUGAUUGGUGGAAGGUCAGGAUUUAGGAAUUAUUUGCCUUGGUCAAUAGGGGUGAAAGCAUUAUAAUGGUCUGUUAGAUUGCUCGCAAAUAUCGUCCGAUCGACAGUCCCGCGCUUUCCCCCCACGCAGCUGCAUCUUCAGACCGAGAAGCAGUUUUCUUUGGAAGGAGACUGAAGGCACUGAGGGAGGAGUAACUCUAACCAGCGGACUCCAAACCUUAUCCACAUGGAAGAGCCCAACUUCCCCCCGCUGCCGGGAUUCAUUCCACUGAAGCCUUGCUUCUACCAGGACUUUGAUGAGAUCCCCGAACACCACCGCAGCAUGUGCAAGAAAAUGUACCACCUGUGGAUACUGAAUACCGCUACUCUCGCUGUGAAUCUCAUCGGCUGCUUUGCUUGGAUGUUUGGGGGCGGCGGCGUCACCAACUUUGGACUGGCUAUCAUCUGGCUAAUCAUGUUCACUCCCUGCUCUUAUGUCUGCUGGUUCAGGGCCAUCUACAAGGCCUUCAAGAGCGACAGCUCCUUCAACUUCAUGCAGUUCUUUUUUGUCUUCAUGGCCCAAGUUGCCAUCAGCAUCAUCCAAAGCAUAGGCAUCCCUGGAUGGGGGGUAUGCGGUUGGUUGGCUACCCUGUCCUUCUUCAGCUAUAAUAUUUUCAUUGCGCUCAUCAUGUUGGUCCCUACUAUUAUGUUUACUGCAGUGGCCUCACUGUCCUUCAUUGCCCUCACUCGGAUCCAUAAUUUCUACCGUGGCAGUGGGGCCAGCAUGUCCAAAGCUCAGGAGGAGUGGACCACGGGAGCCUGGAAAAGCCCUCACGUCCAAGCGGCGGCCCAGCAGGCCGCCAUGGGGGCCGCCGCUGGGGCCAUGCAGGAUCAGUCCUCCAGCCCACAAUAUAACGACAACCAGAUAUAGCCUCUCAAAGAAAUCAGUUAUGCCAAAGCAAGAUCAACAGGGUUAGGAAACUCCCCACAAUAUUGUUGAUUAUUAUGUUAAAAACACUUUCAUAACUCACCAUUUCCAUUGUUUAGGAAAAGUUACUGAUGAAAUAAAAUUGUCAGCAAUUUCAUAAUUUUAAUAGCUCUUAUAUUUGUGGGUUUCUGGUUGUUGUCUUCCUGUAUUAAAGGGCAUAUUGAUUAUUUGUAGUGUUUUAUAAAAUGUCAUGUUUUCUUCCUGUUUGGGAGGUAACAAUGGAAUUAGUUUUGAAUGUGUUACUUUAGUGGUAAUGACAGUAUUUUUUUUGCAAUUUCUACAAAAGAAAGCAAACUGAUUAUUUUUGAUGUACAAUAACUUUUAUUUUGAUAAAGAUUCAUUCAUUUAGUCAUUUACAAAUGCACUAUUAGAAUGAUACAUUGUUAGGUGGGUGUAGUUUGUAUUGUAUUUUGAAUUCAAAGGUAAACCAAAGAUUCUAUGUAUUCCUGUCCCUCUAGUUUAAAUGAUGCUACCUAACUUGAGCUCAGUAGUAUUUCAGCAUAUUUCUAUACGGUUUAUUGAUGGUUGCUGUGUAAUCUUGAACAAAAGUUGGUCUGUGCCACAAUAAGCAACAAUAUUAUGUAAGAUCUGAGCUAGAACAAAACAACAGAAAGUUCAGUUAGUUGAUCAAGACUUUUUUUCUUGCUGACAUCUGCUCUCAUAACAUCACUUAUACUUCACAUAUGAAAUAUCUCAGGCGUAAUGCCUCUAUUAGAAACAAGUAGAAAAGAUGUACAAGACCUGUGAUGCAAUUUUAAGAAAACUUUUCUCUUGCAGUGUAGGUAUUUGACCACAGAGAGGCACUGAUGGUUUUUAGUGUGAAAUAAAAAGCU